GGCCACCACCUUGACCAUUGUACAUGCCAGAGUAAGAGCAGCCAACAAAACAAACAUUUUCUCUGUCUCUCUCUGUGUGUGCAUAUUUUUUAAGAUUCUCUAUCUAAUUUCCAAUUAUUAUAUUUACUGAUUAGAUUAGAUUAGUCAGUGAGUUUCUUCAACCUCUAUUUACCCCACAAAAAAAAAAAAAAAAAAAAACAAAAGAGAGUUUCUUCAACCUCUUCCACACCGACGUUUCUAAAUAAAGAUUACAUUUGAAAAGCUCUUAAACUUUUUCCCUUAUCUGGGUAAUUUUUGUUUCAUUUUAUUUAUUUAUUAAAAUGUUUAGGAGCGUCAGCGACUCAAAGCGGCUUGAAAAUGUGGUGCCAAACCCAUGUGCGCAUCCAACCUGUUCGGUUAAUUGCUUGACAGAAACAAACACAGAGAUAAAAUGGGGUUUUUGAUUUGUGACCUGAAGAUAAGCAUAUAAAUAAGUGCAUGGCUUCACUAAAAAACUGUUCUUCACACCUCAUCCCAACUCAUCACAAUCAUUGCCACUCUGAAUUUUGAAAUGUCAAAGUCUAUGAAUGUUGGCGCAUUCACAAACUCUCUCCGUCUCUCUCUUCUUUUAGGUCUUCUUUAAGGUAGUUCUUUGGAAACCCAGAUAAAUAUUGGGAUCUGGGUUUCUAGCUGUUUUACUUGUUUCAUUCAUCAAAUGUUUAAGAAUUAGCCUGAAUAAAAAUCGUUGGAAAGUUCAUCACUGUUUUGGGAUUUGUGCUUCCUGGAUAUUUCUAGUAUUUCUUGUAUUUGCAUUGCUUCGUUGGUUCUUUUCCCCCACCCCCACCCCCACCCCCGGUUUCUAUAUCUAAUUCUGAUGAUUGGACUUUGGAGUUCUGUAGCCAAAUUCCUUGAAAACCCAGAAACACUUUGGCAUUCGUGAUUCUGGGUUCUUCUCGUUUUUUGUUACUUCUAGACUAGUUGAUUCAUGGAUCACAGUCUAUUCUCUUUCCUUUGCCUUUUAUCUCUUCUGGUAGGAGCUUGUUUCGCUUCUUCUUUUCAGGAUCAAGUGAAUGAUAGAAUCACCGACUUGCCAGGACAGCCAAAGGACGUUUGGUUUAAUCAGUACUCAGGCUAUGUAACUGUCAAUAAGCGCAAUGGGAGGUCAUUGUUUUACUGGUUGGUUGAGUCGCCUGCGAGUCGAGGACCCGAGUCUAGACCACUCGUCUUGUGGCUCAAUGGGGGGCCUGGUUGCUCUUCUGUUGCUUACGGAGCAGCUGAAGAGAUUGGACCUUUUCAUAUCAAGCCAGAUGGAAAGACGCUUUACUUAAAUUCCUAUUCUUGGAACAAUCUGGCAAACUUGCUAUUCCUGGAAUCUCCAGCUGGUGUUGGCUUUUCAUAUACCAAUACGACUUCAGAUUUGUACACUACCGGUGACCAGAGAACAGCUGAAGAUGCGUAUAUAUUUCUUGUCAAUUGGUUUGAAAGGUUCCCGCAGUACAAGCACAGAGAUUUCUAUAUAGCUGGGGAAAGUUAUGGAGGUCAUUAUGUUCCACAAUUGUCUGAACUCGUUUAUCAAAGAAACAAGGGAAUUCAGAAUCCAGUAAUUAAUUUUAAGGGUUUUUUGGUGGGAAAUGCUGUGACUGACGAUUACCAUGAUUAUGUUGGGACCUUUGAAUACUGGUGGACCCAUGGUUUGAUUUCUGAUUCCACCUAUCGACUGUUGAGAGUGGCCUGUGAUUCUGGAUCCUCUCAGCAUCCAUCAUUAGAAUGUAUGAAGGCUCUACGUGCUGCAGAGUUGGAGCAGGGAAACAUCGAUCCUUACAGCAUUUUCACUCGGCCAUGCAAUGAUACUGCAUCUCUAAGGCGCAACUUAAGGGGUCACUAUCCAUGGAUGUCCAGAGCAUAUGAUCCCUGCACUGAGAGGCAUUCUGAAGUGUAUUUCAACCUUCCAGAGGUUCAGAAGGCACUCCAUGCCAAUGUAACUGGAAUUUCUUAUCCCUGGAAAACAUGCAGUGAUAUUGUUGGAAACUACUGGGCUGAUUCACCACUUUCUAUGCUUCCUAUUUAUCGAGAACUCAUUGCUGCUGGUCUGAGAAUAUAUGUGUACAGUGGAGACACCGAUGCAGUGGUUCCAGUCACUGCAACACGCUACUCCAUAGAUGCUUUGAAGCUACCAACUAUUACCAAUUGGUACCCAUGGUAUGAUAACGGCAAGGUUGGUGGAUGGAGCCAAGUUUACAAAGGGCUGACAUUUGUUACAAUAACCGGAGCAGGACAUGAGGUUCCGCUCCAUCGCCCUCGCCAAGCAUUUAUUCUUUUCCGAUCAUUUUUGGAGAACAAGCCCAUGCCAGAAUGAUCGCCAUUUUAAUUUAUUCACAUAUUCUUGUUGAAUAAGCACAAAAAAUAUAUAUAGCAUUAUUACAAUUGUUCAUAUACAAAAGGCUUGGAAGAAACAAAAUAAAGAGAUGCACUCCUCUCGAGUGUUGCUGCUCCCUUCUUUGCCCCAAGCAAAAGUGUCAAAUCAUUAUCAUCUAGUUUUGCUUUGCUUUCUAGAUAUAUUGUGAUUGUAUAUGAGGAGGAAAAAUUGUAGGAAAGUAUUGGCAGUCAGAAUAAUUGAAUUUAAAUUGUUCUAUAUUUAUAAUUAUAGAAUAGUUAUAGGCAAUUUACUAGUUAUAGGUUUUUUAUUCAGCGAUUGGGGCAAAUUUUAUCUUGUUAUGAACAGUGUAAUUGUAUUUGAAUGAAAUUUGUUUUUGCUUAGUUCAAAAGCAAAAUAUUCAAAUCUGUGUAUUUAUUAUUUAAGGCUUGUGAAACAUGCCUGGAUGAUAAGCUGGAAGGGUUUAUUAUUUUGAAUUUUUAAUGGGGUUGAUGGUUUGGUUUUA